AUGCAUUAUCCCGUCGACAAGAUGACGAGCGAUAAUUCACUUGAAUUUCUUGUGAGCUUCCCAAACUUUGAUGAUACCCCUACUCCUGCUGUCUUUAGCCCGCAGGAUGAUCCAUCCAAUCCUCCUGACGAGACAUCUCCACCUGGCACUCCAUCCAUUUCCAUAAAUCAGCCUUCCUCUUCAUCCGAGUCUUCCUUAGCUUGUCACUCGGCUUCCUUCUCUGACCAUUCGGCCAGCCCUUCCACCGAGACCAUUUCCCCUUCUGCUGCGUCAUCUUCCUAG